ACGAAAAAAGCCGCCAAGCUGCCGUGGUAGACGUAGAGCGUAGAGCCCAACCAAACCCAAAUCCCAACGCGAACGCCAAACAACCAAACGUUAAAUUAAAAUAGUCGUCUUCAAGCGAUAAUCGAGGUCACUUGGGAGAGCUUGCGGCGCGGGUCGUUAAUCUUUUUAUGUAUUUUCAUGCGAAAGAUAUACGUUAAAUAAUUUAUUUCUUAUUUUCGGUCUUGUGAAAAAUGCCGUCAUCAUGCGCAUUUAUGUACGAUCACCCAGAUGCAGUGUAUUACAGUGGAGAUGUUUUAAAUGGAAAAAUAAUUCUUAAAACCGAUAAAGUAAAAAAUAUUCGGGGAAUUUAUAUAACAAUCAAGGGAGAAGCAAAAGUACGAUGGACAGAAGAGAAAAGCCGACAUAAUAGUUCUGACAAUAAGACCGAAUACUACACAGUUGAAUACACAGCAAAUCGAAGAUAUUUGCACUCAGAAACACUUGUUGUUGGUGGCAUGGAUUUGCCACGUGGUACGCACGAAUAUACUUUCACUACCCCAUUACCACAACAAAUUCCAUCAUCAAUAUCCGGCGAACAUGGUCAUGUAUCUUAUGAAGUUGAAUUAAAAUUGGACCGUCCUAUGCGUUUUGAUAACGUCUAUUCAAACUGUUUCACUGUUAUUCAUCCAUUGAAUCUCAACUUGGAUCCAUCGUAUUUGCAAGCUAUUAUCGAAACAGAAGAGAAGUAUUUCUGUUGUUGCUGUUGUGCUUCGGGACCCAUGAACUCCGAGUUACGCACUCAAUUUGGAGGCUAUGCACCUGGCCAAAAACUUAAUUUCACCAUUACUCUUGACAAUGAAUCCGAUAGGGAUAUUGAAGAAUGUACUGUGGAACUUGUUCAAAAAAUAUCCUUCCAUAGUGAAUCGCCUGAGCAUAAGAGCAAAACAGUGAAAAACAUUAUUUCAACAGUGGACCUAAAUGGUGCGAAUAGAUUUUGUAAGAAAUUACAUGAAGGGAGUUUUACGAUCCCGCCCUUACCACCAUCGACGAUCGGUGGUGAUGAUAUUAUUAAAGUCUACUACUAUUUGAGAGCUGAAAUCGAAACUGGUUGCUUCAGUACCAAUGAAGUUUUGCAUGCUGGUAUUACUAUAGGAACUGUUCCACUGUAUGCUUCUGCCACUAAUCCUGAUAAUGUGAUUACCGUUCAGCCUACAGCACCAAUUGAUAAUAUUGGGGAGGAUGGAGGUGAUUUGCCACCACAAUAUGGAUCAGUUGUUCCCCCAUCUUUCGAAGAAGCUACGGGAAUGAACAAACCAUUUAUCGAUACAGAUGCAGACGAACAUCGGCAGCUGGAUCCCUAUGUGCCAAAAUAUCCAGUUUAUCAUAAUUUUGCUACACCAUCAGCGCCCGGAAAUGAUGAAAUACCUUUGACAAAAGAAGCUGAAGCUAAUCAAUCAUUAUUGUCUUCGCAAGCUUCAGCACCACCUCCAAUAGAAGGAAGCCCACCAUAUCCAUCUGGUAUUCCUUCGUCAUCUUCACCAUUAGGAUUGCCUUAUCCAUCAGCGUCAGCAAACUUGACGGCUAUACCAACGCUGCCUUAUCCUGCUCAAGGUUUCAACGGAAUGCCUGUACCGGGAACAGCGGCAAGAGUUACUAGUUCUGAUGAACAUCAAGAAGGGCCAAGCAUAGGUUGGCAACCACUUCCUUAAGCUAAAAGCUUAACGAUCCUGCUUUUAAUUGUCAUUUUUUUUACGAAGGCUUUGAAUACAAAUGAUUUUAUUUUUAUAUGUCAAAUAAUAGUAAUCAGAACUUAAUUUUAUAAAUGUGCCUGAAAUAAAUGUAUGCAGUUUAUGUAACGAGCUUUGAAUUAAAUAUAAAAAUCUAUUUUUAGAGCAAA